GCGUCGACUCGGCCGGGCCAUAAGAAGAAACUGGAUUGCUUUUGUGUUCAUCAGAACCUUCCCCUAUCAUUCUUCUUCUGACUUCAGUGACCUGGAGAUAGGCAGCCCCAUCUGCGAAACAGAAACAAGAGAAGUUCUCGGAUUUUGGAGGGACGACGGGCAUAUUUUGUGUUUAGUUGUAAGACCAGAGGCUCAGAAUAUCAAAAAGGCGUUUUGUAAUGGACGGGAGUGCUGUGGAGCCAAAACGGGGUGUCAACCAAGUGUCUUCACAAGUAAGAAAUACCUGAUUUACUGCGAUGCGUUCUACUGGAAAAACGACAGCCCUGUCCUUCCCGCCAUAACGACAGCCCCUGAUGAAAUGAACACGGAUGACUUCGACAUGGAUGUGAUGGACAAUGACCCGAAUAAGCGUGAAGUUGUCAACUGGGCGGGAUACUUUGCCUUCCGACAUGAUGUCUUCCCGCUUACCUGCUCCUGUAGACGAUGUGGAUCAUGUAGCUCCUGAAGAACACACCAGUGUCAUCGUUUUUUAUCUUUGAAAUACAGCUAUAAUGUUCUUUUUUUUACACAUCUCUACUAUAUUUAAGUUAUGGACAAAAUCUUUCUAUAACAUUCAACAUGUCUUGCCUUUUCCAACCAUUCGAAUCUAGCCAUUCCACGUGCUGAAAUUAUAAUCUUUAAAAAAUGCAACUGCAUCUGAAAAUAUUGUCAUAAAGGUAAUGAAGACUACACGAUUAGCACUAUUUCAAUUUUCUGUUUAUGAACUUCCUCUUCCUUGAUAGAAACAUCCCUGCUACCCAAACCACAGUGUCUACAUGUCACCAUCAUCAUCUAAUUGGAACUAUGUUUUUUGCUUGUGUGAGUGUGCAUUACUGGUUCUCGCUAUGGGGAUAUAACAUUACUGGUUCUCGCUAUGAGGAUAUAGCAUUACUGGUUCUCGCUAUGGGGAUAUAACAUUACUGGAUCUCGCUAUGAGGAUAUAGCAUUACUGGUUCUCGCUAUGGGGAUAUAACAUUACUGGAUCUCGCUAUGAGGAUAUAGCAUUACUGGUUCUCGCUAUGGGGAUAUAACAUUACUGGUUCUCGCUAUGAGGAUAUAACAUUACUGGUUCUCGCUAUGAGGAUAUAAUAUUACUUGGACUUGACCAUGAUUUUCGGAAGACGCUAAACCUUAAUUACAGAUCAUCUAGUGUUAUUCUUCUCCUUGUACUUUGACAAAAGAAAGCAAAUUAAAACUAAGCACAUGUCACUGUCUUGUCUUUAUUGUAAUUAUUAUCUUCGAGGUUUUAACAAAUUCCAGUGUUUUCUAGACCCGUUGUUCUCAACAUUGUAUUUACAUUCAGGAAAACCAAUAAAAGUCAAAGGUCAAGGUUGUUU